AUGGUCAGUAAUGACACCUUGAGCUUUAAUAUCAGUGCCAAGGACUUUCCCCCAACUUGUCGUGGUGUCCUGUCAGCUGUUGCCUCUCUGUACGACCCACUUGGUUUUGUUGCCCCAUUCACUCUAACUGGGAAGUGUAUUCUACAAGAGUUGUGUCGCAGAGGCAUUGGAUGGGACGAUUCACUUCCCGAAAACUUGUGUCCACGGUGGGAGGAGUGGAAGAAUGGUCUUCAGAGACUGAAGGAAGUUAUCAUACCUAGAUGCUACUGCCCUCAAGACUUUGGUAACAUCAGCAGGGUGGAACUGCACCACUUUUCAGAUGCCAGUAAUACAGGAUAUGGAGCCUGCUCCUACCUAAGAUAUAAGAACGACAACAACGAAGUCCACUGCAGUCUUGUCAUGGCUAAGGCAAGGGUCGCACCCACUAAGGUUACAAGUGUUCCAAGACUGGAACUCUCUGCAGCGGUCACAUUGGUCAGGAUGAGUGUGAUGCUGAAGAAUGAGCUUGAGAUGAAAAUUGAUGAAGAAUUUUUCUGGACUGACUCUCAGGUGCUGCUGGCGUACAUCGACAAUGAGGCUCGAAGGUUUCAUGUGUUUGUUGCAAAUCGGGUUCAACUAAUUAGAGAAAACACAAACCCCAGUCAGUGGCACUAUGUUGACACAGCGCAGAAUCCAGCCGACCACGCUUCCAGGGGCUUUCGGGUGGCAGACAUCUCCUUAACCAACUGGUUGGCAGGAGGUGGCAACCUGAAGUGCUCUCUAUAG